AAAACUAAACUUAAAAACAUCCGUUUAACGCUCUCUUUUUAAGCAAAGGGGACACGUUAUUCAAAUAUCACCACACAUUAAUGGCCCCUUCAACUCUCACGGCUCUUGCGGAGGAGAAAACCUUACAGGCAAGCUUCAUUCGCGACGAAGAUGAGCGUCCUAAGGUCGCUUACAACCAAUUCAGCGGCGCAAUCCCCGUUAUCUCCCUUGCCGGCAUCGAUGAUGUCGACGGCAAGAGGGAUGAGAUAUGCAAGAAAAUCGUCGAGGCUUGUGAGGAUUGGGGUGUCUUCCAGAUUGUCGAUCAUGGUGUCGACGCUAAAAUCGUUUCCGACAUGACCCGUCUUGCUAAAGAGUUCUUCGCAUUGCCUGCCGAAGAUAAGCUACGGUUUGACAUGUCUGGUGGUAAGAAAGGGGGUUUCAUUGUCUCCAGCCACCUCCAGGGAGAAGUGGUGCAAGAUUGGCGGGAGAUUGUGACGUACUUUUCAUACCCAUUGAAGAACAGGGACUAUUCAAGGUGGCCUGAUAAGCCAGAGGGUUGGAUUGAGGUGACAAAGGAGUACAGCGAGAAGCUGAUGGGUCUAGCAUGCAAGCUUCUUGAGGUGCUGUCGGAGGCCAUGGGUUUAGAGAAGGAGGCUUUGACAAAGACGUGUCUGGACAUGGACCAGAAAGUGGUGGUUAAUUUCUACCCGAAAUGUCCACAACCAGACCUCACUCUCGGACUCAAGCGCCACACCGACCCGGGGACGAUCACCCUAUUGCUUCAGGACCAAGUCGGUGGACUUCAGGCCACCAGGGACAAUGGCAAGACUUGGAUCACAGUUAAACCUGUUGAAGGCGCCUUUGUGGUCAACCUUGGAGAUCACGGCCAUUAUCUGAGCAAUGGGAGGUUUAAGAACGCCGACCACCAAGCAGUGGUGAACCCGGACUGCAGUAGGUUGUCAAUAGCAACGUUCCAAAACCCAGCACCCGACGCGACUGUGUAUCCAUUGAAGAUCAGAGAGGGAGAGAAACCCAUCCUGGAGGAGCCUAUCACCUUUGCCGAGAUGUACAGAAGGAAGAUGAGCAAAGAUCUUGAGCUUGCCAGGCUGAAGAAGCUGGCUAAGGAGCAGCAACAGCUGCAGGAGAUGGAGAUUGACAAGUCCAAGCUCGAAGCCAAGCCCCUCAACCAAUCCUUGCAUAAUCUCCGUUGUUUCUGUUACCAUCGUGUGGGUAAUUGGUAAACUUUAUCGUUGUGGUGCCCGUUUAGUCCUUUUCUUUUUUACUUUUUGUCAUGUCAUGUUUCCCACAUUCAAGCUUGAUGUUUAUAUAUAUAUAUAUAUAUAUAUGCUCGAGUAUCGGGCAGUAGGGAAAGAAUAAUUUCCAGAGCCUCGCUUCCUACAAGAUUGAAAUAUGAUUUUAAAGGAAUUUCUGAAA